CAGUGCAGGCCCCCCCUUCCCAUAGGAUGCUAAUAUUUAAUCACCUGCCAAAGUGGAACAUCUUACAGAGAAAUAGCGUGCACUACAGCCUAUUUUGCUAAUUAGCACUGCAUGGCGGGACAUCUGACAUCCAGCUGAAAGUUAAAGGAAUAAUUUACUUAUCCUUUCAGAAACCAGUGCAAAACAGAAGACCGGUAGUAACCAUGAAUGGCCAGCUGGAUUUGAGUGGAAAGCUUAUAAUUAAAGCUCAGUUGGGUGAUGAUAUUAGAAGAAUUCCAAUUCACAAUGAAGAUAUCACCUAUGAUGAGCUGGUGCUGAUGAUGCAGAGAGUUUUCAGGGGGAAACUGCUGAGCAAUGAUGAAGUUACAAUAAAAUAUAAGGAUGAAGAUGGAGAUCUUAUAACAAUCUUUGAUAGUUCAGAUCUUUCCUUUGCAAUUCAGUGCAGUAGAAUCCUGAAACUGACACUGUUCGUUAAUGGGCAGCCAAGACCGCUAGAAUCAAAUCAGGUAAAAUACCUUCGCCGAGAACUGAUAGAGCUUCGCAACAAAGUGAAUCGUUUAUUGGAUUGCUUAGAACCUCCUGCUGAGCCUGGACUUUCUACUAGUCUCCCUGAAAAUGAUGUUGCAGAGGGUAGGGAAGACAAGCCCACUGCUGCUGAUUCGACUGUCAAGCCUUCUACUCAAGUUAUAGCAGCAAGUAUGUCUGCUUUUGAUCCAUUAAAAAAUCAAGAUGAAAUCAACAAAAAUGUCUUGUCAGCAUUUGGGCUGACAGAUGAUCAGGUGUCGGGGCCACCCAGUGCCCCUGUAGAGGAACGUUCAGGAACACCUGACAGCAUCACUUCUGGAUCCUCUGCAGCCCAUCCACCAUGUGUUCAACCACAGCAACCAUCAUAUGGAGGAUCUCAGCCCCAAACUGGUCAAAUGGAUGGCCAAAUAUAUCAACAGUAUCCACAACAGGCUGGAUAUCCUUCUCAGCAGCCACAAGCUCAGCCUCCGCAACAAUAUGGUGUACAAUAUCAAGCAGGCUACAGCCAACAGACUGCUCCUCAACAAGCACAGCAGUUCCAAGGAUACGGCCAGCAGGCAUCCCAGGCUCCAGCUCCAGCUCCUGGCUUUCCUGGCCCAGGUCCGCAGCUGCCAGCUCAGCCUCCUCAGCAAUAUCAGACAGGCACUUAUACCCCACAAAAUUAUACAACUCAAGCUUCCCAGUCUGCUAAUUAUAAUGUAACCUCAGCAUCACAACCUGGAAUGGCUCCUAGCCAGCCCAGCACUUACCAGCCAAGACCUGGUUUCACCCCACCUCCUGGAACUACUAUGACACCUCCUCCAAGUGGCCCUAAUCCUUAUGCACGCAGUCGUCCUCCAUUUGGCCAGGGCUAUACUCAGCCGGGCCCUGGUUAUCGAUAGGAAACUAUGCUGUUAAAGAGCCCCAGGUAAAUCCAAGCAGCUGCUGAUGCUGUUCCAUCUGUACAGGCGCUACGAUUCUUUAAUUGAUAUUUAAAAAAUAAUGAAAGGCAGACUAUUGUAUGGUAUCACUGUUGCUCUUUAAUUUUCUGGGAUAAAUGACCAAAUGAAUCUUGUUUCCUGCUUUAAAUGGUAUUGGCUUUCUAGUUUAAUAUUUGUCCCAUUGGAAACACUACCUAAAUGUUUGUAAAGCAAAUGACAUUCUAGUUUGCCAUAUUAAACUGCUAGGUGGAAAUCUAGCUGACUUAUUUGGAUUGGUUUUACUAAUAAAAUGAAGUACUAAAUUAGAUCCACUUGUUAAAAAUUAGAUAUGAUGUAUAAAUUGUAACUUUCACAAUACAAUUGAAUAAAACAUUCAGAUCAUUAUUUGA